GUUUAGAGGAAGUGAUGAACAAAGAAAGCAGAAGUGGAGACCCAGGGAGCAGUUGUAUGUGGCACGGAGGAGGCAGAACAACACUGAGAAGGAACCUGUCAACUGGGCAGAAAGACAUUCCAAUCCAUUGGCACAAGAUGGACAGAGGAAAAUGGCAAAGUGAUUCUGAUAUAUAUGAAAAUAUCACUUGCACUGAGGAACCCACUGGAACUGCAUUGAAGAUGAGGAAGAUUCAACAGGAACCUAAAGAAGAAAACCUCUCACCAAAAUUUCUGAAGGCAACUGAAACGUUAAGAACACAGAGGAGACUCCUGAUGAUUCUGGCGACCCUGCUGGUUCUUGUCUUCAUUUUCCUGAUAAUCCUGACCAGCCUCAUGUUUAUCUACUAUUCUAUGGUGAGCAGUCAGCUAAAGCAGCAAGAUGAGGAAAAGGACAACCUUCAAACACAAAUCACAACCAUAAACCAAACAAUCGAUGAACAGAAAGCCAACCUUCUUACACAAAUUUCAACCACAAAGGAGACACUUGAUAAGCAGAAAACCAACAUUCUAACACAAAUCACAGCCAUGCAACAGACAUUGGAUUCCCGUAUAUCAGAGUCAAUGCGCAGUACUAAACAGGACAUCUUACAGACAAUACAAAAUGAGAAACCCAAAUGUGAUUCUAACUGGAAAGCAUUUGAUGGAAGCUGUUAUUAUAUUGUUACAACUAAGAAAAACCGGGACGAUGCCCAGGCCACUUGUAAAUCAAUGAACAGUGAUCUGGUUAUUAUCAACAGUGACAGGAAAAAGAACUUUAUUGAAAGUAUUACUGACAGCUCAUAUUUUUGGAUUGGCCUCAAAAGGGAUAAGAAUAACAAGGAUGAGUGGAGAUGGGUGGAUGGGACAUACUAUUAUCCACCACAGCGAUUUUGGAUGGAGGGGGAGCCAAAUAACGGAAGUGGAAGUGAAGAUUGUGUUCACAUUUGGAAACAGAAAAAAUGGAAUGAUGUUUUUUGCUCCGAUGAGUAUAAGGCAAUCUGCGAGAAAAAAUAAUAUGUUGUGUAAAGGAGGAGUGGAUUUCAGUUGUUGAGCACUCUAUUAGAAUGCCAAUCUCUAUAAAAAUUCUCCUAAAAACAAGAAAGGAGUAUGUAUAUUUAGUGUUACAUGGGUAAUGUCUAAUAAUGACUGGGGAGGGCUGAAGAGAUAAUUAAAGAUAAUUGCUGAAGGAGUUUCAAUUAAAAGGCAUAACAUGAACUAAAAGGAUACUCUUUAGCAGCAGGUCCCUGCAUCUCAGAGUUUUCAAAACUAAGCAGCAUGAACAUUGAAACAUACCCUUAAUAUUCCAAUUAAUUGGUCUUGUAUCUAGACAACUAUCCCCUCAGUCAACUGAUGUCUGAACACAGCCUCUGUGUCUUCCUCAAAGUAUUACUUGCCUGCAGCAUCGACUUCUUUGUUUUUCAAUAAAUUGUUGUCUCUGA